UUAAUUUGUAUUAUAUCAAUUAAUAAAUAUACAAAAUAUGAUCAAAAUAGAUUUAAAGAACUUAAUAACGAAGAUAAUGAAAUUGCACUUGAAAAAGAAAGAGCAGAAAAGAAUAAAUUAAAAAUAAAGAUUCAAGAACUAAGUAAAGUAAUUGAUGAACUAAGUGAAGGAUUACAAUCUACAAAAUCAUACAACAAGGUAUUACAGGACCAAAUAGAUCAAUUAUUAUUAGAGCAGGCUUCGAAUAAUAUGGGUGGUUCUAAUGGAAUUUUAUCAAUGGCAGAUGAAUUGAAAGCUUCAAAUAUUUUCGAAAGAAAUUAUCAAGAAGAAAUCGAUUCCAUGAAGGCGGAAAUGGAGCAACAAAUUCAAACAUUCUCAGAUCGACAAGUUCAAUAUUCAUUGGAAUUAGAAACUAAAGAGAAAGAAUUGUCAGUUAUCAAAGGAGAUUUUGAAAGCAAGAUAUUGGAUUUAGAGAACCUUUUACAAGAGCGUUUAAAUUUAAUUCAAGAGUAUUUAGCACGUAUAGAAGAGUUGGAUAGAAAUGUUGGUGACCGUGAUUCAAAACUACAUGAAAAAGAUAAAGUUAUUCAAGAUAUUGAAAAGAAUAUAAUUGAAAAAGACAAAUUAAUCAGUGAACAAGUUGAAUCAAUUAAAUCAGUUCAACAAUUACUUUUAGAAAAAGAAGCUCAGCUUUUAGAAAAAGAUAAAGAAAUUAAGGAAUUAGAUCAAAAGUUAAAAGAAAACCAGGAAACAAUCAAAGAAACACAACAAUUACUCGAAAGCAAAGAUCAACACAUUAAAGAAUUAAAUCAAAAAAUUCAACAAUUUGAAAUUACAAUUAGAGAUCUUGAAUCAAACUCAUCAGCUAAAGAUGAAUUACUCAAAGAAAAAGACGGUUUAAUCAAAGAGAAAGAGCAAUUAAUAAAAGAAAGAGAUCAAUUAAUUAAGGAAUGGGAGUCCAAAGUAAAUGAAAAGGAUCAGGUUAUUCAAGAAAAAGAUAAAUUACUCUCAGAGAAGGAAGAGCAAUUUAAAUUAAGAAUUAAUGAGUUCGAGCACAAUAUCGAUUCUUUCGAGACCAUGUUAAAAGAGAAACAAGACACAAUCAAAAUGCAAGAUGAAAAGAUUAAGGAGUUACAAGAAUCUAUAAGCCAAAUUAAAUCAGAAUUAACAGGUAAUGAAAAUGAACUCAAGAACAAGAUCAACGAUUUAAUGAGCAAAUUUAAUGAAAUGGAAUCAAUCUCAAACGAAAGAUUAGAAACUAUUAAAGAAAAAGACCAAUUAUUAUUAGAAAAAGAAAAGCAGUAUCAAACAUUACAACUCGAAUUAGAAAAACUUUCAAACUCCACCAACCAAGAAAAAGAUCAAUUAUCAUCACAAUUACAACAAUUAGAAUCGAAAUUAACAGCAAUCACAAAUGACCAUGAUCAAUGUAGUUCAAUUAAACAACAAGAAAUCAACAACUCUAUUCAAUUGGUUAAAGAGCGUAUUGAGCAUCAAUAUUCAGUAUUAUUAGAAGAGUUCCAACAACGUACAGCUCAAUAUAAUGAUAGAUUUAAUAAACUUGAACAUCAAUCUAGAGAAUCAAUCCUUGGAAAAUGUAAAGAGGUCGAAGAAUUAAUCAAUCAAGUAUACCAUCUCCAGGGUCAAGUUAAGCUUUUAGAAAGCACAAUCGAACAAUUAAAAUCUCAACAUACACAAGAUCAAGAAAAAUCUGAAAAUCUCAUCAUCGAACUAUUAGAUAAAAAAGAAGAGUUGGACUCUAUGGUCAAUGAAAAUAGUCAACUUAAAACUGAAGUAGAAGAUCUUCGUGUUAAAAUUGAAGAAAAGAAUAGAAAACAUCAAGUACUUAAACGUGAACUUUCGAUGCAAAUGGAUAUGUUGGCAUCAGUAGAACAACAAAAGAAAGCAGAAAAGGAAGAAGAAGAAAAGAAAAGAUUACUUGUUGAACAAGCCAACAAAAUUGUAUUACCAACACAAGAAAAAGAUUACUAUAUCGAAGAAGAAACUCCACUUAUUCAAUAUGUUAACUCUGUUGAAUCACUUUCUAACGAUCCACACAUCAAAAAUGUUUUCCCAAUCGAUCCAACUAAACACAUCAUUCACUCUUUCUAUAAUGGUGUUUUACUCGGUAAAUUGGUAAAUUUCGCUCGUGAAGGAACAAUCGAUGAGAGAGUACUCAAUAUUGAUCCAUCAAAUAAUAUCGAAAUUGAUCAAAAUUUAAAUCUAGUUUUCAACUCUGCCAAAGCUAUUGGUUGUGUUAUCCCACCAACAAUUUCGCCAUCAACAUUAAAAUCAGAUCCAAAAGAAAUGGUUAAUCUCUUGUACGAAUUAGUUAGGGUUCAAAUUACAUCAACUAUUAAUAUCCAUAGCUACCCUACAUUACUUGUACUUAAAGAAAGUAAUGAGGAUCUAAAGCAUUUCUUUGUUCAAUCUGCAAGCAAGCUUUUAUUACGUUGGUUCAUGCACCACCUCGAUUUAGAUAAAACCAAGCUUACUCUUGAACAAUUAGCAAGUACUCCAGCAAAUUUAAUCAAACUUUUCACCAAAAUCGACAAGCAAUUACAAGCUCCAUCAUUUUCAAAUCAACCAGAUCAAUCAAAUAAACUUGUAGAGGAAUAUGAAUGGAUUUUAGAUCAAUCUAAAAAUAACUUUAAUAUUUUCCAAUGGCUAAGUUUUGAAUCAAUUCAAAAUAAAAAUCCAAAACUAAUUUAUUUAUUUUUAUCAAGUCUAUUUAAAUCAAAUAAAGGUAUUGGUAUAAAAGAACCUGAAACCAAAGAAAUCGAAAAACAACAAAAAUUAGUAGAACAAGUCAUUAAAGAUGUUGAAGGUACAAGAGAAGAACGUGCAUUCUGUAUGUGGAUGAACUCACUUAAUAUUAAACCAUACGUUAACAAUUUACAACAAGAUCUUCAAGAUGGUUUGGUUAUGCUUCAAAUGUUCGAUAAGAUUAAACCAGGUUCAGUUAAUUGGAAAGAUGUCAACAUGAACCCAUCAAAUAAUUAUAUGGCUUUAGAAAAUUGCAACUAUAGUAUUUCAAUUGGUAAAAACCUUCGUUUCUCAUUAGUUGGUAUUGGUGGCAAAGAUAUUCAUGAAGGUAAUCGUAAAUUAACACUAGCUUUGAUAUGGCAAGCUUGUAAAUACCACUUUAUUUCACUCUUAACAAAUCUACGUUUAUCAAUGCAAAAUGAUCAACCAUUUACCGAAACUGAUAUCAUUGGUUGGGCAAAUAAACAAGUCGCUAAGCAUGGUAAAACCUCAUGUAUAUCUGGUUUCAAGGAUCAAUCUAUUGGUGAUGGUAAAUUCCUUAUCGACCUAUUAGACUCUAUCGAGAGUGUUGUAAAUUACUCCAUUGUAAAGAAUGGCGAAACCUUUGAAGAAAAGAAAUUAAAUGCUCAAUAUAUUAUCAAUGUUGCAAGAAAGAUUGGUUGUUGUAUUUUUGUUGUUUGGGAAGAUUUAGUAGAAGUAAAACCAAAGAUGAUUUUAACUUUUAUUUCAACUUUAAUGUGCUUUGAAUAUGAAAAAAACAGUAAACAAUUUUUAGAAAAUAAUAAUAAUAACAAU